AUGUCGUCCACUACUGUUACUGAAACACGCAGUAUCCCCAGCCGAGUCGUCGGAGUGUCCGACAGUACUCCUGCUGAUGAAGGGACCGAGUUCCCCGCGAUGCACCCUGCCGAAAACGAUAAGACGUUUCAGGCUCUCGCUCGCGGGAACCGGGCUGGAACGUUGAAGCUGCGCGGCAUUCCUAUCCAUACCGAUGUGUAUGCGAAGAGACAAUGGAUGAGAGAGCACAUGGCUGCGGCGUUCCGGUUCUUUGGCAAGCAGGGGUAUGGAGAGGGUGUCUCUGGACAUAUUUCCAUGAGAGACCCUGUUCUCAAAGAUCACUUCUGGAUCAACCCAUUUGCGAAGCAUUUCUCGCUCAUGAAGGCCUCUGAUUUAGUGCUCGUUGACAGCGAAGGGUACGUCUGCGAGGGAGGCAACCAGACACUCAUCAAUGAAGCUGGAUUCAUGAUCCACUCGGAAAUACACAAGGCUCGUCCCGAUGUAGUUGCAGCGGCUCAUACCCAUGGAAUCUACGGAAAGACAUGGAGCGCGUUUGGGAAGCCUAUUGAAAUGAUUACCCAAGAUGCAUGCAACUUUUAUGGCAAACUUAGUGUCUACGAUGACCAUGGAGGUAUUGCUCUGGCCCAGGAUGAGGGACGGCAGAUUGCAAAGGCGCUUGGGAAUAAUAUGGCUUGCAUCCUGCAGAAUCACGGUUUAUUGACUGUGGGAAGCACCGUCGACGAAGCGGCGUUUCUCUUCUACAGUCUCGACAAGGCAUGCCACUCCCAAUUGAUGGCUGAAGCGGCCGCUGCCAACGGAGUUCCGAAGAUAAUCAUCUCGGACGAGGUUGCGGCGUAUACGGCAGAGGCAGUGCAGAACCCGCAUAACCUUUAUCUCGAAUUCCAGCCGGAGUUUGACCUCAUUGUGGAGGAAUCCAAUGGUCGUGUCCUUGAGUAG